AUGGGAAAUACAGCACCUGAAUUUAAAACCCAUCUGCCUGCUCAGCUAAUCGUGCGGGCUGGUGAACGUAUUGUCCUUAAGUGUGAAGUGAACCCAACUGAAAUAACAGCAACCGUCAAGAAGAAUGAUCAUGAACUGAAAUUGGUGCAUGGGAAACACAUUCUUAAACAAGAGGUAACAUUAUUAAGCUUAGAAAUCCUGAACGCUGAGGAGGGAGAUGAAGGGAAGUACACCCUGGUUGUGACGAACAACAAGGGUAGUGAUUCGUGCUCCAUCAUGGUCAUUGUUGAACUCAAGCCAUGGAGAGCUAUACCAGAAUCACAAGAUGAAAUGUUGAACUUCCUGAGAAAUUAUGAGAUCUGUGAAAAAGUCCCAGAGCUUCGUUUUCUCCUGCAUGGACCAGUAGGAGCAGGAAAAUCCAGCAUCAUCAACACCAUCAAGAGCAUUUUUGAAAAUCGACCGUAUCACCUCUCUCUGGCUUCUGCAGCGUCUGGUAAAAGUUUUACUCUAGAAUAUCACAAGUUCCCCAUUGGAAGUGAGCUCUCUGGACAAGUACCCUUCGCCUUCUAUGAUGUAAUGGGUCUAGAAGAGGGAAAAAGCCACGGAAUGCACACUGAUGACAUCAUCAGUGCUUUAAAGGGACACAUACCAGAAGACUAUGAAUUUCAGCCACAUGCAAUGACUAAAGAGGACAAGAGGUACAUCAGCGACCCCACUCUCAGAGAUAUGAUCCACUGUCUCGUGAGCGUAUUACCGGCGGAUAAAGUCACGAUAAUGUCCAACUCCGUCAUUGAUAAAAUGAAGACUGUCAGAGCGGCGGCGAGCGCAUUAGGAAUGCCUCAAAUGGUUUUCAUGACCAAAGUGGACGAGGCUUGUCCCAUGAUAAAGAACAAUCUCAGCAAGGUCUACCAAAGCAAGAAGAUCAAAGAAAAGAUGCACGAGUGCAGUAACAGGUUAGGCGUUCCUAUGAACUGCAUUUUCCCUAUGAAAAACUACCACGAGGAGACCGUUCUAAGUGAGUCGGUAAACCUCCUGAUGCUGGAGGCUCUGAAACAGAUCGUCAUCGCCGCCAACGACUAUGUGGAAAAAUCCAGCAAGUAAAGUAGAGCAUGUUCCUGGCACUGUUUUGUGUAGGUGCAUUGGGUUAUUUGUAUUAUUGUUAGUAGUAUUACAGGACUUCUGCUUGGCACCCAGUAGGCCUUAUGUAUGGUCAUGUAGAGGACCUGGGUUUCCAUCUCUUACCAUGUCUUGUCAGGCGAGCCCCUAUGCUACAAAACAGGAACGUAGUGGAUGAUUCUCCUGCAAACUAGCUAAAUCAGCUUAUACUAUACAAAAUAUUAUCCACGUGUAUCUUUAUCUUUAAUCAGAGUUUCUACUUUGUCUACAGAGCAGUGGCAUGAUGGGAAAUAGUAAUCAAACUGCGUUUUUUUUACAUUAAACUGCUUUAAAGUCACCAUUAUGGUUGCAGUACAGACGCAGAUGAAGGAAAGUCUCUGUGGACACGUCUUUAGUUGCAAGUCAAGAUAUUUUCAGCCAAAUUUGACAUCCCAUGCUCUUUGUCCCCGGCUUCC